ACACACACACACACACACACACACACACACACACACACACACACACACACACACGUCCACACGCGCGCACACACACAUAUAAAUGCGGUGCAUUUAUAUUCAAGUUAGGUCAACAUGUCAACAAUUGCGUAGUAUGGCGCUUUCGUUUUUGUGUUUUCGUAUCUUUCUGAAAAUUCUGUAAAAGCACGUUAUAAUAUUUUACGAUAUUAUAGAAUUGAUGAUUUUCACAAUGACACUUCACUAUUUAUCACACGUAUCUACUUUCGUCCGCGGCUAGGCAGACUCGUGACGAGGAAAAGGAAGAAAAGAAAAAGGACAAGAGCGCAACAGACGACAACGCAAAACAAUCGGAAAUAAUUGGCAAGAAUUCGAAUGGAAUAUACGGUCGAUUAUCCUCGAUUAGGCGAGUUACUUGGAGAUAUAACGAAACGGUGAUCAUCAUGGUAAACGCGAGCAGUGUUGUGGCGCAUUUCGUGAAACUGCUGGUGACUGCGAUAUGCAUGAGGCAUCUCACCGAGCCUUAUCGAGCAGCAAAGGCUUCACCAACUACGUGGUCUCUACGUGCCUUUCGUAUUCUCUUCAUGCACUCGAUUUUGGGGAUCUUCAGAUUCGGAGUUCCAUUUACUUCCUCGUCGACAUUUACGGCAAGAUGCUUCCGAAACUUUUACGAUUGGUUUUCCAGUGUCAUUGAAAUUAUUCCUUUGGCAUUACUGACAUCUGGUAUAUUGAGUGCGUAUCAGAUAGAUGAAAAGAUACGUAUGCUUUUAUUGUUUCUUGGUACAAUACCAAUAUUUUUUCCAUUAGCGAUAAAACAGAAAGAAAGACAAAUUAGAAAAUUCCGUUUUCUAACUAAUAUCGUUAUCAUACUACAGAUAUUACCAAUAAUGAUACUUGGUUUGCAAAAUGGCAAUUAUAAUGUCAUUAGUUUAGUUGCUUCCUAUACCUUUGAACGUUUUUUUGUGGAAGAAUUUUGUUAUCGAUACAGUAUACCAUACACUGAUUUGAUGCAAUAUUGUAUAUGUUUUGUCGAGAUCUUCACAGUAUCAACAUUGCAAGAAUUGUAACAGUUCAAUUUUAUAUUGGUUUAUCUAUUCAAAACAAUUAUCAUAUGAUAUUUAACAAAUGUUGUUUAAUUAUAUUUGAUAUGAAGAUAUAUGUAUGUUUGAUAUGUCAAUUCUUAAAAUGGCCUAAAGAAUCUACGCCAUAAUUAUGAUAAUCUUUCAACAAUUGUUCUAUAAUAUGGCAUGAUAUGUAAUGAUAGCAUUAUUUUGCUAUCAGUUUAUAAAUUUAUGUCAAAAAGAUGACAUAAAUCAAAAUAAAUGUUUAUAAUUUUUUAUACAUAUUACAUGCAUCGUAAAAAGAACUGCCUUUUCAAAGUAAGAUAUAUAUGUCAAUUACAAUUUUUAUAAUAUAUGUGAAAAUCAAGUCACAUUUUUUUCUAUUUUAUAUAUAGCAAAAAGAAUUUAUAAUUUUUUCCUGACAUAUUCUGUAUGAUAUAAUACUAAAUUCUAAGAAAAAGAAGCAGCACAGUAUUUUCUGACAUAUUCAAUAUAUCAUAAAAAAUAAUCUGAAAUAUCCUUUUAAUGACGAACUGAGAAGACGCAUACAAAUGCAAUAUAUUUGUUGAUUUAAUUUAUGUAAUUAAUUUUUUUUAUCUAUGUGAAACUUGCAUAUAGAAAGAAAAUAUUUAAUCGCCGGCCUUAAAUACUAUACACACAUAUACAAACACACGAGUGGCCAGUAAUGAUGAUUUUUUUUAUAAAUGAUAGUGGCUGAUAUGGAGGUUUAUAUUCUGAUUAUUCUCAUAUAUUUUACGAUUGAGUGUAUAAAAGAACUAUUGUCCGAUUGAUUUAUUGUUUAUUGUCGGCGCAGCAGGAACCUUUUUUUUUAUCUAAUAAUGUGUUGCUAGAAUUUUUAAGAUUAUAUCUAAUUCUGUAAUGGAGAAUUGCAUCAUCUCAAAUACAAUUCUCUGACAGGGAAAUGCUUCAAUUUAAGACUUGCAUACUACACUUUAUCUACAAUUUAUUAAUGGAACAUUUUAAUUAAUGCUUUGAUAUUGCAAUAUAAUGAUAAUUUUUUUCUACAAGAUUUUGCUACAAAUUGAUCAGUGAAAUGUAUCAAUUCUUAUAAAUGUAAAAUUUUUCUUAUACAAA